CUGACUAGCCCCCUUGAGAUUUUGGAUGCUGACUAGCCCCCUUGAGGUUUUGGAUGCUGACUAGCCCCCUUGAGGUUUUGGAUGCUGACUAGCCCCCUUGAGGUUUUGGAUGCUGACUAGCCCCCUUGAGGUUUUGGAUUUUUUUAGGAAGUAUUUUGAAUUUGUACCGCUUAAAUUUAUUCCACGUGUGAUGCAUCUGCGUGCUAUGCGACAAUCCUGCUGCUGAGAUUGACGCGCCGGCUGCCCAACAUAUGAAUGAUAUGCUCAAGGCCUGCAACUCUGCUGUGGAGCUUGUGAAGCUGUACCUCUGCUACCAGGAGCAGAAUGAAGACCUUCAGAAAAGGCAGGCUGAUCUGGAGAAGCAGGUGAGUGACGCCAAGCAAGAUCUGGACCAAAAAACUUCUGAGCUGAAAAGGGUGAAACAACGCAACGAAGAGUCGGAGAAUGUUGCGAACAAGCUGGAGGCAGAGGAGGCCAAGAACAAAGAGCUGUCUGAGAAGUUGCUGGAGGCGGAUGAGAAGGCCAAAGCUGCUUACAAGACCGGUGCUCGGGAUGGUGCCUUGCGAUUUUCUCGGUCCAAGACCUAUAGUAAGCGUAUCACGGAUAGUCAUAACGGUGGCUGGUUUGCUGCCCACCGUUGUGGCGUUCAUGGUAUUGGCCUUACCAAGGAGGACUGUGAGGAUAUUGAGUAUGCUUUCCUGGUGGAGGAAAAGCACAAGGUACCAACCGGUUUGGAGUCACAGAUCAUUCCGGAGGAGAUCAUUCAGAAUGCUGACCCCUUGACUCUCCCUCCCAUUGAGCUGAAGGAAGAAGACUACCUGGAUCCUGCCCUGCUGUCUUCCAGUACCAACCAGACGGAUUAUCAACAAGUUUGA